AUGAAUGUGUUUAAGAAGCGUUCUAGUCUUUCUCCUGCGCGCUUUCAAAGGUCUCUGUCAGAGCAGGAUGGUGACUCUACAAGAGUCAGAGCAAGCUUGAAGGACUACCAUUGGAACCGCCAAACAAAAAGUAAGAAGAUAUGUGAAAAAGCAGAUUCAGAUUUAGGGAAGCUUCUAGGAACUUACAGAUGGCAGACUCAUCCCAGAUUUCAUUGGAAGAUGAGCAAGAGAGCAGAUGCACUGAAGACAGCUGAACGGCCUUUCAGGGUACACAAUUUAAUUGCUGAUGGUUCCCAGGAAGAUCCAGAAGAGAAGGCUGCCGUGCCAGCCACCAAGCCAUUCCGGGUUCCCUUCUGCAGGUCUAUAUCUGAACCCACAGCACACUGGAGGGACAGAAUCACCAAGCCGUUCCCGCAGCCAGAGGGUGGUGAUCAGGAGAACUAUUUCAUCCGUGGCUUCUUCUCUACAUUGUCUGGCAGCUUUAAUAAAGUGCUUAAUCGAAAAGAGGAGCACAGUGCAUCAGUGACAAAUGAAGGGAUGGAGAACAUGCAGGUGGAUUUGACCGCAGAUGUGAAAGGACCACCAACUCACAGGCUGUCUUGUGGCCAGUCCCCCGAUUCUGAAACUGUGAUAUGGGAGACCAAGUACUCCAUUCUGACCGACAGCCAGCUUGUGCUGCUGAACAAAGAGAAGGAGGUGGCUGAUGAUGGAGGACAGGAGCUGGCGGCAGAGCCAACCAAAGGGCGGUGUCUGCGUCGCACAGUCAGCGUCCCUUCGGAAGGCCAGUUUUCUGAGAUUCCAGCAGAGGGCACUGCAAAGCUCGAAGUCCCAGCAGAGAAGUCUCCUCGCAGACGGAGCAUCUCAGGGACCAGUGGCUCAGAAAAAGCCAAUCCCAUGGAUUCAUCAAACACAUCUCCAUUCAAAGUACCAGGAUUCUUCAGUAAGAGGCUUAAAGGCUCAAUAAAAAGAACAAAGAGCCAGUCGAAGUUGGACAGGAAUACCAGCUUCCGUCUUCCAUCUCUUCGACCUGCUGAGGAUAGGUCCCGUCCUUUACCGAAGCUGAAAGAAUCUCGUUCCCAUGAAUCUUUGUUGAGUCCAGCUAGUGCUGUGGAGACAUUAGAUCUUGCCACUGAAGAGAAAGUCUUGGUCAAACCCCUUCAUAGCAGUAUCCUCGGACAAGACUUCUGCUUUGAGGUAACAUACUCGAGCGGCAGCAAAUGCUUCAGCUGUUCUUCCACUGCUGAAAGAGACAAGUGGAUGGAAAACCUACGGAGAGCGGUUCAGCCUAACAAGGAUAACUGUCUUCGAGCUGAGAAUAUAUUGCGUCUUUGGAUCAUUGAAGCCAAGGACUUGGCCCCCAAGAAGAAGUACUUCUGUGAAUUGUGCUUGGACGAUACUUUAUUUGCCCGCACUACAAGAAAAACAAGAGCUGACAAUAUCUUCUGGGGUGAGCACUUUGAAUUCUCAGGACUUCCAUCAAUACUCAGCAUCACUGUCCAUAUCUACAAGGAUGUUGAGAAGAAAAAGAAAAAGGACAAAAAUAACUAUGUUGGUCUAGUCAACAUCCCUGUUGCCAGUGUGACUGGCCGUCAGUUUGUGGAAAAGUGGUACCCCAUCAGCACACCCACUCCCAAUAAAGGCAAGACUGGAGGACCUUCCAUCCGGAUCAAGUCUCGAUACCAGACCAUUAUCAUCCUGCCCAUGGAGCAAUACAAGGAAUUCGCUGAAUUUGUCACUAACAAUUACACUUUGUUGUGCACCGUGCUGGAGCCAGUGAUCAGUGUCCGUAACAAAGAGGAAAUGGCCUGUGCUUUGGUUCACAUUCUUCAGAGCACUGGCAGAGCCAAGGACUUUUUGACCGAUCUGGUGAUGUCUGAGGUUGAUCGCUGUGGGGAGCACGACGUGCUGAUCUUCAGGGAGAAUACACUUGCCACCAAAGCCAUUGAGGAAUACCUCAAGCUGGUUGGACAGAAGUAUCUGCAAGAUGCCCUUGGUGAAUUUAUCAAGGCGCUGUAUGAGUCGGAUGAGAAUUGUGAAGUGGAUCCUAGCAAAAGUUCACCCAGCGAGCUGUCCGAUAACCAGGCCAACCUCAAAAUGUGUUGUGAGCUGGCCUUCUGCAAAAUCAUCAACUCCUAUUGUGUCUUUCCUCGGGAGCUGAAGGAGGUGUUUGCAUCAUGGAAGCAGCAGUGCCUCAACAGGGGGAAGCAGGAUAUCAGUGAGCGCCUGAUCAGUGCCUCGCUUUUCCUCCGUUUCCUCUGCCCAGCUAUCAUGUCUCCGAGUCUCUUUAACCUCAUGCAGGAGUACCCUGAUGACCGUACCUCUCGGACUCUCACCCUAAUUGCAAAAGUUAUCCAAAACCUGGCAAACUUUACAAGAUUUGGAAACAAAGAAGAAUAUAUUACAUUUAUGAAUGAAUUUCUGGAACAUGAGUGGGGAGGCAUGAAACGCUUCCUGGUGGAAAUUUCGAAUGCGGACACCAUCUCCAACACGCCAGGAUUUGAAGGAUACAUAGAUCUGGGGAGGGAAAUUGCCAUCUUGCAUUCCCUGUUGUGGGAAGUGGUGUGCCAACUAGAUAAGGGUGAAAAUUCCUUCCUACAGGCAACAGUUGAAAAACUUGGGCCUCUACCACGGAUUCUUUCGGACAUCGCAAAAGCUGUAUCAAACCCUAUUCCAACACAACAGCAGUUGAGGCGGUUAACAGAGCAUAGUUCAAGCCCAAAUGUGAGCCUGUCUUCGGGGCUUCAGAAGAUAUUCGAGGACCCCACUGACAGUGAGAGCAAAGUGACAUCAGCCCAGGAAAGUGAAUAUUCGCUGAAAGGCCAGCUGCUCUGGAUCCAGCAUUCAGCAUCAAGGAGUGCUACAUCAUCAGAUCAAGGGGAUGACCCAGUCAUGCCGAAUGCCAGGAGUAUAUCUCUGAUGGAUCUACAGGAUUCUAAUGUCCCGCAGGGCUUUCCUGCAUGCAUGAUUCAUGACAGUACCCUAAGUUCGUCUGGGAGUCAUCUGUCAGUCGGGGAGGCAGCAGGCAUGAAAGUCUUCUACGGCAUGCCCCAGAGUGCCCCCCAAAGUCGAAGGCCCCUGAAGUCACCAGUGAGUCAGCCAGGCAAUCUCCAACCCCUGUCCUUCCAAAAUCCUGUGUACCACCUUAGCAAUCCUUCCAUGCCCCUUCCCACCCUCCCCCAGCCAGUGCCCCAGCCCACUCCUCCCCAGCCAAUGUCAACCCCCACUCCCUCCCACCCAAAGUCUACAAUGUCAGUGGACUCAAGCCUGGAAAACAUCAGCAUGACCAGCUCCCGAAGCCAACAUAGUGAUGACUUAAAAAUGAGCAGCCCUGGCAAUGGCAGUAUGGAAGACGUCACUAGAAGGAGUGUGAAAAGUGAAGAUUUUUCCUGGCGGGGUGCGCUGGCAGACAAACGCAUCCCUGUCGCUUUGCCACGGCAGAGUAGUACUGGGCAGGUGCCAGCCCACAAAGUAGACCAAGCGGGGCUGGGCGCAAGGGCAAAGGCUCUUCCCCACAGCGCCUCUGUCAGAAGCACGGGAAGCAUUUCUGCGGCAUCCGCUGCAAUGACCACAGAGCCUCUCCAAAACGGGAAUCGGUCACAGCAGCUGUCUUCCUCUUCCCGAGAAAGCCCGGUUCCAAAAGUGCGGGCUAUCCAGCGGCAGCAGACGCAGCAGGUUCAGUCCCCGGUAGACUCUGCCACAAUGUCACCAGUGGAAAGGACAGCCGCCUGGGUCCUCAACAAUGGGCAAUAUGAAGAAGAUGCUGACCAGGAUGAAGUCAAGCAUGCAGAAAAGUAUGAGCAAGAGAUAGCCAAUCUGAAGAACCGGCUAACAGUAUCCAGUCGCCGGCUGGAAGAAUAUGAACAGCGUCUCCUCGCUCAAGAGGAGCAAAUGAAGCAGCUGUUGACAGCAUACAAAGCAAGGCUGGAAGACAGUGAGGAGCGGCUCCGAAGGCAGCAGGAAGAGAAGGAUGCUCAAAUGAAGAGCAUCAUCAGCAGGCUAAUGGCUGUUGAAGCAGAGCUUAAAAAAGACCAUGAGAAGAUGCAAGACGUGAUAGAGACUAAACAGAAAAUAAUUGAUGCACAGGUCUUAAUUGGGGAUGAGAUAAUGCAAGCAGGAAAAAAGGAUCCAGUCUUUAGAAUCAGCCAACACCCGUCUGAUGAGUGCACUGACACAAGUAAAAGAUCAUUACAGCAUGCAGACGCGCAACGGAAUCUCCCCGACGAAGCUUUCAAUAACGGAGAAUGGGGAAUUUAAAAGCAGCAGCUAACAGCCAUUUUCUCCCCACAACUUGCCGUCUCUCCUUUCUCCAGCCUCGCCACAUGCCUCCCCCUGUGCUCCCUAAAGAUGCCUGCUUCAAAGCA